AUGACAGGUUGGAAACACAAGCAAAAAGAACAUUAUAGAGAGGAGGGAUAUGAUAAAGAAAUUGAAUAUGACUUUGAUGUUUAUGAUAAUAUAGAUAAUGAUGACUUAAUACAAAUUGAUGAAAUAGAUCAAGAUUCAAAUCAAGAAUUUUAA